AUGACCUCAUGCGCUGAGGAGGAGAUUUUCGAGGCCAAUUUGCCAAGGCGCUCAUCAAUGAUUCAAAAGACCCCCAAUAUCGCUACAGAUCAACAAUCCCCCCCAUCUCAUGUUCAACUUGCUGAUGGCACUUCAUUGACAUGUGCUGAAUUUGACUCCCUUGCAGACGAAGAAAUAUCCGCCAACACCCAAGAUGGCGAUGUGGAAACAGCUCCUGCAUUGGUUACUGAAGCACACAGCACUACUGCAAGCAAGGAUCCAAAUCCUGCCUCUGAAAUUCCAUCAAAUGACCCCAAUGGUGGGACUUCAGCUACUCCUACUGAGUUGCACAACACAGAGCAUGGCAGCAAGCAUCAUGGCAAGGAUACUUCAGCUGCCUGUGCUGAGUCACACAGCACAGAGGAUGGCGGAAAUAAUUCAGCUACUCCUGCUACUGGCUGCCUGCGGAGCAACCCCCUGUCUGCAUCACGGUUGAUGGCCACACAAAAGCAAAAGUCCAAAGUGAUGGCGGACGUCAAUGAAAAUAUUGACAGUGAAGAUGAGGACAAUGAAGAAGACUUUGUGAAGACCAAAGGGAGAAUACCUCAAGCAGGUAUCUCGAAGGCGCAGGAGCUUGGGAACAAUACAUUGGAAACCACCAGAGCACUCGGAAAAGAAUAUGGGAAGAGUGUGAGGAUGAUCCUCAUCGAAGCUGGGUUGAUGAUGAAGGCCACCCAGAAGGAGUCUCUGUGGAACCAACAUCAGACGUGGUUUGCAGCUACCUGCCCCCUGCCUAAAGGAGUAUUGGGAGCUGUGUCUCCAGGUCUGAUGAUGGCUGUUCAUGAUGCUUUCACAAAAUCAAGACUAACCACAAUCAAGGCUGCAUACUGGCAUCGCACCCAUGGCAUUCACAUUGCCGGUGUUGCAAUAUUCCCCGGUGACAAAGAGGCAGGCCACCAAGCAUCAGGACUGUUCGCCGGGACAUGGCAAUCCUUAAGUGCAUCUUAUAUUAAUUAUAGGUACAAAGACCUGGAGGCUGCACAUGCCAAAGGCAAGACUUUCAGUUUGCUCCCCCCUUCUUCCACCACUCCGAAUGGUACCCUCUUGUGCAACGGCAAGCCAGCCAGGGAUAGGAACAGAAAGGUGGCGCCCAUGAUGAUCAGUGAGAAAUUUGCUGAGGCCAGCCACCCGCUCAAAACCUCGAACAGUAGGUGGUUGACCAUGUUAGACAUCCUCUAUGCCGAGAAGCUUUGCAUACAUGACUGGCCUGCCGGUGUUCCCCUGCCUGGACCCAAUUUUGAUUUCAAGGCUCUAUCUGCAAGUCAACUACAUGCAUUGGUUGCUCCAUAUCUCAGGAUUCAUCUUGGAGCCAUGUACGAGGCUGAGUUAGGCCUUGACGACGACAACGAUGACAGCGAGGCAGAGGCAGCGAAGGUGAAGAAGCACAAAGGCAAGUCCAAGAAGUCAGGUGACAAGGGAAGGAAGGAGGGGCCGAUUGCAGAGGAGCCAAGUGUAGUAUUGCAUAUCAGCAGAUGGCCUGAAAGUGAUAUUCUUGCUCUUGAGACACAGGCCACAAAUGUGUGUCUCAUCCUGCUCAUCAUUGACACUGACAGCAGGGUCAUUCGCUCCCUCCAAGACUCAGAGAAGUUCAUCAAGGACCUUCCACAAGACGACACUCCUAGACGCCACACCAAUGAGGUAAUCAAAAAAUCCACAAUGUCUAAUCCAGCAGCUUCGCGCUUAACUAUGGGAGCUUUGCGCCCCAAUCAGGAAGCUUCGUGCUCCAACCAGACAGCUUCGCACUUCAACAAUGCAGCUCCGAGCUCCAACUAUAUUCGGAAAUGGACUUGGCCCCAUUAUGAAUCUGCUCAGGAGACUGAAGACUUGGAGCGUGAAACAGUAGAGGAGAGGUGCCAUGCCAGGGUGCUUGACAAUGCCGCCAUUAUCCAACUGUCAGAUCUCUGUAUUUGCCCAGCAUCUCCCAAUCGCCCUUCAAUCAUCAAGGAAGAUGAGUAUUACUAA